GCGUCUUGCACGACCUGCUCCCCCAUGAACUUGCCCAAACCCGAUCGCCUUCGCUCCACACCGCGGCGCAGCCUCCGGGGCCCCGACGGCGAGGACGGUGAGGUCGACAUCCUGGGAGAGGAGGAAGAUGAAGGCGAGGAGGAGGAGGAAGGAGGCGAGGCGGUGCAGAGCCGGCGGUUGCCAGAGCAGCUGCCCCCUCCCGGGACGCAGGCGGCGCGGCGCGGCGCGGGCGCGCGGGCCGGAGGGCUCCCCGAGGGCGGCGGCGCCCCGGCCGACCCCGAGCUCGGCUCCAGGUUCAGGGCAUCGGACGGCCCCCCGCCGGCGAAGCCCCCGUACUCGUACAUCGCGCUCAUCACCAUGGCCAUCCUGCAGAGCCCGCGCCAGCGCCUCACGCUCAGCGGCAUCUGCGCCUUCAUCAGCGGCCGCUUCCCCUACUACCGCCGCAGGUUCCCCGCCUGGCAGAACAGCAUCCGCCACAACCUGUCGCUCAACGACUGCUUCGUCAGGAUCCCGCGCGAGCCGGGCCACCCGGGCAAGGGCAGCUACUGGAGCCUGGACCCCGCCUCCCGCGACAUGUUCGACAACGGCAGCUUCCUCCGGCGCAGGAAGCGCUUCAAGCGCCCCCGCCCGGCCCCGGGAGCCCACCUGCGCCGCCCCGUCCCCCUCCCCGCCGCGCCCGCCGCCCCGCACGGCCCGUACCCGAGCUGGCUGCUCGGGAGCCCGGCCCCGCCGCCCCCGGGGCCCGGCCCCGCCGCCGCCGCCGCCGCCGCGGGCCGCCCGUGCGCGCUGCUGCACCCGCACCCCCUCCGCUACCUGCUGCUGUCCGCCCCCGCCUGCGCCCAGCCGCCCGGGAAGGCCCCCGGCGCCCCCUCGGCCGGCCGGGCGGGCUCGCAGCCCUGGGAGGCGGGCAAGGGGUCGGCGGCGCGGCCCGGGGACGGGGGCGCCCCCUUCAGCAUCGAGAGCAUCCUGAGAGGGGCGCGGGGCGGGCCGAGUCUGCCGCCGAGCCCGUGGGGCUGCUGCCGCCUGCUGCAGCGCCCGUCGUGCCCGGUGCCGCACGCGGCCGCUGCCCCUUCGCGGCGGGUGUCGGUGGCGCCCGCUGCCCGGACGGUGUUGGAGCAGCAGCGGCCGCAGCGGCGGGGCGCGCACCUGCCCGCCCCCGCGGCGCGCCUGGGGGGCCCGCCCGCAGCCGGAGGCGCCGGGCCCACGGCGGUGGCCCAACUUGCCGGCGGAGAGAGCGCCUUGCCGGCCUUCUGACCUGCACCCGCACC